GUGGCUGUUAAAAAUUCUCUAUUAUUUAGAAGGGGGAAGAAAUAAUAGAGAAAACCUUUUAAAAAAUGACAACUAGAUUUAAGAAAAAUAGAAAGAAGAGAGGACACGUUUCAGCAGGUCAUGGUCGUGUUGGAAAGCAUAGAAAACAUCCUGGUGGUCGAGGUGCUUGUGGUGGUUUGACACAUAAACGUAAUUGGUUUGACAAAUAUCAUCCAGGUUAUUUUGGUAAAGUUGGUAUGAGAUAUUUCCAUAUGAGAAAAAAUCAGACAUUUCGUCCAAUAACAAAUGUUGAGAAAUUGUGGAGUUUAUUAUCUAGACAAACUCUUGAAUAUUACAAAGAUAAUCAAACAGGAAAAGCUCCUGUAAUUGAUUGUACCCAAGCAGGAAUAUUUAAAGUUUUGGGUGGUGGACAUUUACCAAAUGUUCCAGUUGUAGUAAGAGCUCGUUCAUUUUCAAAAAUUGCUGAAAAGAAGAUUAAAGAAGCUGGUGGAAUUUGUGUCUUGAGUGGAUAAAUUUAGUAACUAGGAUGUUGAGGCAUUUGAUGCUAUUAAGGGGAGUAUUUCCACUUUGUAUAAGAUCAAGAUGGUUUCAAACUCACUAUAAUUUUCUAAUGUCAAUAAUUUUGUUAAUUAAUGUUAAUCAUUAAUUAUAAGAGAAACUUAUAGCUCUCUAAUCUAGACAUCUUUAUCCAAUUAGACAAUAGAUAAAUUUAAUGUCUCUUAGUUUAAUUU